AUGAUGAUCGACAGACUCAAAUGCUCCGUGGAGGAAGGUGACCUGAUCAUGGUCUUCCCUGCCGCAAUCGGCAUCGAUGCUCCAGUCCUUUAUGUCGUUGAAUAUUCCCCUCCGGAGACACGUUACCCUCGGACUGACGAAGUCAUCGUGAGCUAUGGCCGCUUUUCGAGAACUCCCAGAGAGGGUUUCUGGUAUCUAGAUGGCCCUUCCGUGGAGUACGUGCCAUAUGACGACGACACGAUGCAUCCAAAGGAUGAAGAACUCAUGACACUCAAGGAGGUUUUUGAGCCAUUUCAGAUUCCUUCUUUUGGUGAUAAUGAGACCAUUUACACCGGGUUUUCUUAUGACAUCAAUCCCAUCGGAAGAAGUGUGCUUCACAGCUACUUCCGCGGUGUCUGCCCGCUUUGCCACAAUGAUGUCUGGUAUCCCGACCUCAACUAUGAUCAGCCCUAUCCGGAACUUUUCGUCACCGAGAUCGAUCAGGCGUGCCCCUGCUGCUUAGGAUAUGAGUGUGCCCGGAACGAUGCCAACAUGCUUGAGGAACUGGAAGAGUUGAAGAACCGCCUCAACACCGAGAGGCAUGAGGUCGAACAGUGGGAAUUCGAUGAGUUGGUCGCUGAGUUUCUUGAUCUUGUCCAGACUCGGUACACGAUCCAAAACUAUUACAAGGCCUUCAUGGGGUUAGAUAUGUGGGAUAUUCAGGACCGGGUUGAUCGCCAUCGACGCGUCUAUGUCGAAAGAAGACGUCCCUUCAGCGAAGAACCCGAGGAACAGGGUGAUGGAAGCUAA